UGCUGCUGCUGCUGCUGCUGCGUACCUGGCCCUGCUGCUGCUGCUACAACAAGAACAACUAACCCUCGUCCUGCUCCUCCUACUCCCCCGCCUACUACUACUACUGCUACUGGUAGGCGCAUGGUGCUCUCCGCGGGGGCGGCUUCGUUGUUCGGUCCAGCUACCCCUGUAAAGGACGCUGCAGAGGCGAAGAAGCAGCUGCUACGUACAAAGAGAGCUGGUCGGAAGGGCAAGCGCCCGCUUUUUGUCGCCCCGGGGAACGACGAGGCGGGUGCCGGCGAAGAAGGGGGGGGUGGGCACACGCAAACUCUGAAAGCUUCCAAGAGGAAGUGGCCAGAACCGUGGUCCCCGGAAAAGCUGAACGGGUGGCUCCAUAACGAAGCGUCGAAGAAGAAGGGGGGCGUUGGGGGGGCAGGCGGCAAGGGAAAACACAAGAUCGCCCGUUGCUGCGGCCUAGAUUGCGCUUUGCGGUUUUGCAAGCCAGAUGACGAAGCCGGGGACGAUGGUUACCACGGAGGAGGUGAUGAUGAUGAUGACUACGAUGUAAUGGCUACUACUACUGGUGCUGCUGUUGCUGCUGCUGCUGCUGCUGGUCAGCACAAUUGGGAGUACCUGCGAGCGGAGCAGGACCGCUUCGCGAAGCUAACUCGAGAACCGGACCGGAAAGCCUUCGUGAUCGCCCAGGUCCCCCCUAAAAAGCUGGCAAAGGGUAGCAUGAUCGCGGCCAACACCGUCGUCUGCAACACAGCAUUUACGAGAUUUUUCGGCGUUUCCGAGACCCUCAUCAGUUCGUGCAAGAAGACCCCGAAGGCCCAGGCAUCGAGCAGCGUACACAGGGCUUCAAUCGCGUCGACGCGAGACCGUCCAAAGUUGGAGGGAGUGGUUGCCUUCCUGCACCGCCACGAAGACAUGUAUGGGCAGAAGAUGCCGAAUUCCGAUCAGAGCUACCUCUACCUCAAGAGCAAACUCGAGCUGUACGAAGAAUACUCCAAGAACACGCGGGAAUUGUACGGGCAAGACCCAGCGAGUCUUGCCGAGCGUUUAUGCUCGAAGAACUACUUCAACCAGGUGUGGAGCGCCCACUUCGGGAACCUCAAGUUGAAACCGAACGGGGAUUUCAUGCUGUGCGAGAUCUGCACUCUUCUUAAGGAAAAGAUUCAUGGGCAGGCCGGUUCGAGAGGCGUUCUAGACGAGGCAGAGCGGGAAAGGCACCAGUCGGUGUACAAAGAGCACCUCCAGGAUGUGGAGAGAGAUCGCAUGUAUGGUGCAAGACUUGAGAACCAAGCUGCCGUGGCGAAGAGCAACGGCACCCCGUGGGAAACGGUGUACCUUCAGGUGGACGCUGCCAACCAGAGCAACUUCGCUACUCCGAUCGGCGCUUCGCAGGCUCAUGGAGUCGACGACAGGGGUUACGCUGAACGCCAGAAGAUCUACGGUGCGCUGGUGUCAGGCAUCAUGAUGCAGGUUUUCAUGAUCCCGCAGAUCCUCGGCACAGGCAGCAACAUGGUGUGUACGACGCUGUUCACAUUGUUCAUGGAACUCACCCUCCAGUGGAAGCAUUCGUUGGGGGAUGUCUUCAUUCAGAUGGACAACACGGUGUCCGAGAACAAGAACAACUUCAUCAUGGGGUUUCUAGCGGCAUUGGUUGGGAGAGGGGUGAUGAGAUCCGUGACUCUGUGCUUCAUGAUGGUCGGGCAUACCCACAUCCAGAUCGACCAGGUCUUCUCGUGUUUCGCCCGUAGCGUUAAAGGCUGCGCGGUGUUCACACGAGAGCACCUAGCAGAAUUCUUCGAAUCAGCCUACAAGACGCUCCCGGUGAAGUGCCGUACUCUCGAGAAUCUCGCCAAUUUUAAGGAUCUAGUUCAGCCCGUCACGAGGCGAAUACCCAACAUCACGAAGUUCCAGGCCUUUAACAUCUCCAAGGAAGGAACAGCGAUCGUCGCGAAGGUGAAGACGAAGUUACACCACGAUGACUGGCUAGGCUUCAGCGCUGACGGCAAGACGGUGGGGACAGGUGCCGGCUUCACGGGCUGGCGCCUAAUGCGCGAGCGAGAUGUGCGAUUGGAGGAGACCCCGUCGUAUCUACUCAAGACCGUGGACGAGGAGAUUAUUCGUAAGAUCCAGACACGCCAAGAGGCAUCCUGGAAAAGGCUACCGGCGUUCGUUAGUCUCGACCCGGAACAAGUGAAGGCACAACACUUGGAUAGCCUGCGGGUGCUCAGAAUGCAAGGCCGCAGAAACUUCGACCUAGAAACCAAUUGGCUGCCGGAUUCUUUCCCCGCCGAUGAUGACGACGACUCAGAAGACAGAGAGGAGGAUGAUGGCGACAUCCCAGGAGGGGCAGACAUCGAUGGUGUUGGUGACGAACCUUUCGAUAGCUCUGACGACGACGCUGACAUGUUGACGUCGUCGUAUGUGGAUAACCGCGAGCGAUCCCUGAACCACGAGAGUGGUGCCAGAAGACGUCAACAACGGAAACAGGGGGAGGAGCGGUAGGUUCUUUCAGCUUUUUCUUGGGUUCAGCCGCCCCUCUGUUGGUGGGGAAAGUGAAGGACACGCGCCAACAAUCGGGACAAGAGGAAGAGGUUCUACUUCACUGGUAUACCCCUAGCAAAACGUUGGUCGCCAACGCGUCGAGCACCGCCUUUGACACCUAUGCUGGAGCAAUUUUCAACGCGGCUUACCGGGUGGAAGUGGCCGGCCAGAGAAAGAAGUCCUACGUGGAGGACAUGUCGUGGGAGCCAAAGAGCGGUAUAGUCGCAACGUGCCCUAACCUCAUAUCGGGCGGGAAGAAGAUACCGUCUCCAGUUAAGAAGGCACUCAAAAGCGCCGCGCGCAGCCAAGGCCAGCCAACAGACGAGCAGAAAGAUGGGGAGGAGGGGGGAGAGGACGAUGUCGCUCAUGGUAGACACCCUACAGUCGAGAGCAGCAGCAGCAGUUCUGGUGGUGGUAUUAUUAGUGCUAGGGGGGCUAACGUUCGCAGGUCUCC